CUCUCAUAACCCUAAAUCAGAUACACUUCUUAAGCACGUUGUAAGAAUUUGCUGACUUAGAAUCUUCAGAGACAGAGACAAAGGUAGACUCAGAGACAUGGCAAUUGGGUUCAUGAAGGUGCAGCUUGUGAAAGCAAAAGGCCUGCGUGGCACUGAUAUCUUUGGUAAAAUGGAUCCCUAUGUUCUGAUACAAUACAAAAACCAAGAGAAGAGGAGUACUGUUGCUAAUGGCCAGGGUAAAAAUCCUGUAUGGAAUGAGAAAUUUAUCUUCAAAGUAGAAUAUCCUGGAUCAAUCAAUCAACACAAGCUCAUCCUCAAAAUUAUGGAUAAAGACUUAUAUACAGACGAUUUCGUCGGAGAAGCAAUAAUCCAUGUAGGGGAUUUACUGGCCCAAGGAGUAGAGAAUGGAGGAGCUGAGUUACCGACUCUCAAAUAUAGAGUGGUUCGUGCAAACAAGUCUUAUUGUGGUGAAAUUGAUAUUGGUGUUACUUUUACCCGAAAGGUGGAAGACAAAUUUGUGGAAGGAGACAUAGGAGGAUGGAAAGAAAGUGACCACUAUCUAUUGUAGAUUAGCAUGGCUAACAUAUAAAAUCCAUGUGUAAAUUGGAAGUAGUUUCGGAUUAUCAUUGUGUAACAUAUUUAUCAUUUUUAAUGUCAUAUUAUUUCAUUCUUUAAUUUGAUUCUUUUUUACAAGCAUGAGUCGGAUGAAUUUAAGAAGCAGUUGUAUUAUCAAAUUAGUUUGUAUUAUUCCAAUAAUAAUUUAUACUUUUAUAUUAUUCUCAUUA